UCAAGUUCAGUUGCUGCUGCUUUCCGCGCAAAAUUUUCAUUUAGUUUGGUUUUUGUAUUUGCCAUAUGAUUUAAAUUGAUUUUGUUUCAUAUUCAUGGAUUGAUGUCAUCGACGUCGCGACCCAGCUAUUUUUAAAUCGUUAAGUAUGAAAUAUAGCAGAUUCAAUCGAAAACUCAGGAUAUGGCUGACAAUAAUAUUAGUUGGCGCCCUAGCUCCAUCUCUAACAGAUUGCUCGAUUUUGGACUAUAUUUGGCCAGAUCCUAACAAAGAUAAAUCCAACACCGCGCUGGAUGCUUUUCCUGCUAUCCCUUAUGAACUCUCUGAAGGGGAUGAAACUUUCAUGCGGGAGGCGUCUAAAUGGAUUGGGACAAACUUAUCGAAACUGGACCUGUGUCAUCACAGAGUAAUCAUGAAGCUGAAAAAAUCCUGCCAUGAGCUUAAUGCGGAGCAAUUGGGUAAGCUGGCUGUUAUGCUACUUAAUUGCCAGUCGGAUUCAGAGGGCCGUAGAGUAUAUUAUUGUACCGAACAAAUGACGUUGAAAGAAUGCACUGGUGAUAUGGAUCCGGAUACAUGGAAUGCAUAUCACCUCGUGACGAAUCGCGCAAAGGCAGUUUGUGCUAGUGUACGACAUGAUCAGUUCCGUGGCCUGACAGAGCUGACUGUCAAUAAGUUGAUGAAUACAGCUCACGAGCAGAUAGCGAUGAUGGGUCAGUUAGCCGAAAAUCAGAAAGAGCUGCAGAGUGUGACACAAGAGGCGAUUGAUGAGAUGGCUAAUAACAAUAAUAAGAUUAUUGACCAACAAGGAGAUAUCAUGCGGUUGUCGGAAGCCCAUCGAGCAAAAGUGGAGUCAAAUUUUCGAGAUCUAGUUCGGGAGAAAAGUUUAAUACGUGCAGGUCAGCAAGAAGUGGCCGUUUUGCUGACAGAUUUGCGUGACAGAAUUGAUGAGAGUAUCAAACAGUUGGAAACACAAACAAAGAAAAAUAAACUAAACCAUGCUUCUUUGCUAUCAGAUAUGGAAAGCUUGCAAAGUGGCGCAGCCGUCAUAGCAGCAAAAAUAGAUGAAACUAGUGCGCAUAUAACUGUGCAACAUCAAACUGCAGAAAAACAGUUUGAAUAUACACUCGAUCAACUUCAGAAAAUUAACGACACUAUUACAAAUAUGCUGACAAUAAUUGAUGCCUUCCAAAAAAAUUUUGACGAGAAAUUAUCCUGGAUCACGGAGAAAAUUGGUGGCAGUGAUUCCAAUCUGAAAAAAAUAAACACCAUUGUUACGCACUUCUGUUAUAUUGUUUUCGGAAUGAUAUGUUUGUCGUUCGUCGGGGCGGACAAAUUUGUAAGGGUAUUUUUCAUAAUUCUGGUUCCUGGAAACCUGCUCGGAAAUCUUGUUGAUCUUUUUGAGUCUGACGUGAUUCAACUAAGUGUCAUUCUAAUUAGUUUCAUACUAGCGGAUUUAAUAUGUCGGCUAGCACUUCGGUUUUACCCAGCUGAAUUGCAACGGGUGAACAUCACUCCUACCAACAACGAUCAAACCGACUCGCAACGUCAGCAAAGAGAGCCUUCAGUAGCACCUUCAAUAAAUCCUGUUGAUUCCGAUGAGAAUGAUGAUGACAAUAGUGAAUACGAAUUUAGAAGGGAGACACCAUCGUAUGCAAGACCUUCUUUAUCAAGAUUUUCCCGUGAACGUUCCGUUACACCACUAAUGAAUGGUACUACAGGACGUAGCGUAACUCCUUCCGAUAGUGUAUUCAACGGCGAUCGUCAACCGCAAUGCCACGCUAGAACAUUGCGCGGCGACCAGUGUCGAGGUAUGGCCCGAUCAGGAAGUGAUUUCUGUCGGCUGCAUACACCAAGAGGUUUGUGAAAAAACAUGCAUUUCAUUUCUUAUGGAACUCCAAUUAUGUUUGGGUUUAUUUGCUUCGGGUAGUGAAGAGACAAAACUUUGCUUUAAUUUGUGACAACGAAUGAUCCUCGCUAACAUGAAAAUCAUGUUCAUAAAACAAUUGUUACACUUUAUUAUUAUGAAUAUACCUAAGUGUCUUAGUGACAAUUAAGUACU